UAGUGGGCCUAUUCAUUCGUUACCAGUAUGUAACAGUGCCUAACUGAACUUCAAAGGUACAUUUCAAGGCCGUCCAACUCGACUGAAAAGUCACAGCCGCUGAACCGACGGGCGGUGGGACCCUGAGACGUAGCGUUUACAGACCGCUCACGCUGUUUACAGUUUGAUCAUUUUGUGGCAUAAAUUAUCAAACAUCAAGCACUAAAUGGCCAUAGACGUAGUUUCGGCAAUUAUGAGGAAAGAACUUCUGUGACACAGUGUAAAUGGAGUCAUCGCGAGGCUCUGGGGGCCUCUCCCGCGAGUACAAGCUGGUGAUGCUGGGAGAGGGGGGAGUGGGGAAGAGCGCUAUUAUAAUGCAGUUUAUCAGCCACAGGUUCCCUGAAGACCAUGACCCCACCAUAGAGGAUGCAUACAAGACACAGAUUCGCAUCGAUGAUGAACCAGCCAACCUGGACAUCCUGGAUACAGCAGGACAGGCGGAGUUUACAGCCAUGCGGGACCAGUACAUGCGGGCGGGCGAGGGCUUCAUCAUCUCCUACUCCAUCACAGAUAGGCGGAGCUUACAGGAGGCGCGCCAGUUCAAGCAGCUCAUUGACCGUGUGCGCCGCACCGCCAACACACCAGUGGUACUGGUGGGCAACAAGUCUGACCUGACCCAUCUCCGACAGGUGUCAGUAGAGGAGGGGAAGGAGCUGGCCAGGGAGUUCCAGUGCCCCUUCUUCGAGACCUCUGCGGCAUUUCGCUACUACAUCGACGAGGUUUUCGCCGCCCUGGUCCGCCAGAUUCGCCAACGCGAGGCCGAGUCGCUCCGCGGCAGUGAGAGGAAGACCAGGAGGAACCACUCGUUCUGGAGCCGCAUGCGCUCCACCUUCCACAAGAAACAGCACUCCGAGCACUGAGAGAGGGGCACUGUGGGAUAAGACAGUCCUCCAGUGGUACCCUUACAGCCCCAAUUCCUAGUUCCAACUCCCACGAGGAGACUAAUGACUCUUGUCCGAGUUAGAUUAUGAGUGUUUGCAACGGCAACUAAACUAACAAUUGUUACUGAAGAGAUUAGCCUCUUGUGCGCAUUAGAGAAGGCAGGAACCAUGCUGAUGUACCGUAUGCUCAUUGUGCUGAAAUUUGGGUCUGGCUUUUAACAACAGCCGACAUUAGCAUUUAGGUAUCCAAUGAAACCAAUUGACUGUAGUGUUUUAAUAUUUAAAAAAUGCUGAAACAGCGUGGGGUUUGCCUGAAGUUACAACAUUUCUCUUUGAUGGAGAGCCAGAGAUGAGACGUUUAGGUGAAACUAGUUAGGGAGGGAAGGGGUUGCGGUCCUGAAGAGACGGAAGGAUGGGUGCUUGAAGAGAGGUAGAUAUUAUGGGGAAUUGCGGAGGGGAAGGGAGUAAAGACUAGGCUGAGUAGGUCAUACAGUAGGUAAAGUGGCAGGUAUUGAGGAGUGAGCUUGAAGUUUGAUUUAAAGGCGGUUGGGAAAUGCGAAGGGGUAUGAGACGUGAGUUUGAAGAUUAGAGGGAGAGUCCCAAAGGAUGUGGAGUAUCUUGCCAGACAAUGAAAUGGAAAGAAUGAAAAGAUUGUAAUAUAGAAGAUGAUAAAAACAAGAUGUUCUGAUAGCAUUGAGGUUCCUCUCCAUUUCAAUUGAAAAGCCUUCAUGGGUUAUUGCUUUGUGUUUGUAAGCUGACCAGCCUGUACUCAGGGCUGGUGCCAUGUUGCAGUGGGAAUACUUUGACAGUUGUGAACUGAGUUGCAGAGGAUAUUUAAUACACAGGUGGUGUUGAUGUUGACUAGACAUGACUGUGCAGCAUUGCCUAAUAUGGUCCACUAGAAUGGAAUUUGAUGGGCGUAGCUGGCAUUUUAAUUUUGCUCCGCCUACAGCACGUUUGUCAUCAUACAAUGUUUUAUAGUGUUUCAGUAAGUAGAGAUAAUGCCAAGUACAGUACCUCUCCAGAGUGAUUCACACUCCUUUAUUUCCCCCUGACCUGUAGUACAACGGUUGUGCACUUAUUAUUUCAGCACUCCGUGGAUCUGGUAGUGCCACAUAUGGGAGUGUAUUAUGUUUUGUGUUUGUUUUAUUCCUCUUGAUCAUGAUUGUUUUCCUUAAUUUAUUUUCUAUUAACACACUAAAAUAAAAUGUACUGCCAUUUUUUCCAAA